ACACACACACACACACACACACACACACACACACACAUACAGCAUAAACGGAGAAGUCAAAAAGCAAGUCCACAGUUACAGGAACAAAUGAUCGAGAUGAGGACUUCUGACGUACAUAUGUAAAAGUCCGGAGCAGAAUCCGUAAAUUCUGUCAGGUAAAUGUGGCGGCACAAUGUUUUUUCUCUGAAGUAGGAGUACACAAUAGAAGUAUCCAUGGAUCUCAGUGAGGAGGAGUCGGCCCCUCUGGUGAUCAGAGACCGGGGAGGCAGCCAGAGGUCUAGUUCUAGCACUGGUCCCACUUUACAAGUACACCUCUACUUCUUCCCAGCCACAAAAGACGCAACAACAAUACACAUUUCAUCUGGCCAAAUCUCUGCCGAAAAUGUCUGCAUCCAUGCCAGCAAAACAUGUGGAAUCUUACCUGUGUACCAAAGUCUUUUUGGUUUGGCAUCUGCCGAUUUGUCAUUUUGGUAUCCUCCAUCGCACAUGUUCAACACAGAAGAAAACUUACAAGUCCAUUUUAGAGUCAGAUUUUUCUUUGGAAACUGGUUUGGACAAGGACCAAGAACAUCAUACCGCUACAGUUUGACUAGAGAUAGAAUCAGUCCAGUCCUUGACUACAAUGUCAUAUAUUAUCUCUUCAGUCAGUUGCGCAGUGACUUUAUUGGUAGUGAGGCAGGAGUGUGUCCACCUUUGAGUGCCCAAGAAGAAUGCCUCGGCCUUGCAGUGCUGGACUUGUGGAGAAUGGCGAAAGAGCGUCAUCAGAGUGUAAGAGAGCUCUGCAGGACUGUCAGCUACAAAUCAUGCCUUCCUGAAUCACAUCGCCAUGACAUUGAGAAACGAAACCGUCUGGAUCGUUAUCGAAUCCGAAACACCCUCAAGCGUUUCUUGAAGAAGCUUGGCAGCUGCUCAGUAGAUGAGUGCAGCUUGAAGAUCAAGUACCUGAUUGAACUGACUGCCAUCGAGCCCUCUCUGGGAAGCGAAACCUUCCAAGUGAAUCCUUCCUCAUCCCACUCCAAGUCAACUUUCUCUUUUGUGCGGGUCACUGGGGAAACUGGAAUUGAAACCAGUGGAAGUUGGCUUCCUGAUGGUUCCCUGGAGUGGCAAACCUUCUGUGAUUUCAAAGAAAUUAUUGACAUCAGUACAAAGAGGGUAUGCCAUGAGCAUGUCCCCCAAGACAGCAGGAUGGUGACCAUAACUCGUAAAGAUGAUAGAUGCUUGGAAGCCAACUUCCAAAGUCUCAAGGAAGCACUUUCAUUUGUGUCUCUUGUUGAUGGCUACUUCAGACUGACCACAGAUUCUAGCCACUACUUCUGUCAAGACACUGCUCCUCCAAGUAUUCUGGAGGGGAUCAAAAACCAUUGUCACGGCCCAAUCACAUCAGAGUUUGCAGUCAACAAGUUGAAAAAGUCAAGAUUUAAAGGCGGAACCUUCCUUCUCCGGCAGAGUCCCAAGAACUAUGACAAAUUCUUCCUCACUGUUUGUGUUCAGACUCCACUUGGACUUGACUAUAAAGACUGUCUCAUUAUUAAGAAUGAGCACUACAGUCUUCUUGGUGUCAAUAAAUCCUUUUCCAGCUUGAGAGAGCUCACUAGCUAUUACCAACACAACAAGCUGCUAAUGGCUGAAGUACCUGUCAAGUUAGCCCGCUGCUGUCCACCCCGACCCAAAGAGCUCACAAAUUUAAUUAUCAUUCGCAAUAGCAGCUCUCCAGAAGCUCAGGGCUCUCCGACACCUGAACGAAACAAAUUCAGUCACAUCCAGUUCCACAUGAUCAAAUAUGAAGACCUUAAAUGGGAUGUGAGCCUUGGACAGGGAUCCUUUACUCGAAUUUUCAAAGGCUACAAAACAGACAUUCGCGAUGGGGAGAAACAUGUGACAAACGUUUUCCUGAAAGAGCUUGAUGUUGUUCAUAAGAACUACUGGGAGUCAUUCUUUGAAGCUGCCAGCUUGAUGAGCCAGAUUUCACACAAACACCUCCUUCUUGUAUAUGGUGUUAGUGUUCAUGGAGUUAAAAAUAUCAUGGUGCAGGAGUUUGUCGAGUACGGGGCCCUCGACCUUUACUUACAGAGAGGGAGAUCUGUGUCAGUGAGCUGGAAACUUGACGUAGCCAAACAACUCGCAUCUGCCCUCAACUUUCUGGAAGAAAAGAACAUCAUUCAUGGAAACAUCUGCGCCAAAAAUCUGCUGCUGGCCAGAGAGGGUGACCCAUCGCAAGGCAGCUCUCCUUUUAUCAAGCUGAGUGACCCGGGCAUCAGUGUGGCCAUGCUGGCCAAGGAUGUGAUCCUUGACAGGAUCCCCUGGGUGGCCCCUGAGGUGCUGGAGUCCCCAGACAAUCUGACUCUAGAGUGUGAUAAGUGGAGCUUUGGUGCCACCCUGUGGGAAAUCUUCAACAGUGGAGAACCUCCGCUGCGAGGCUGGGACUUGGACCAGAAGCGGCAGCUUUAUGAGAGCUACUUGCAGCUGCCUCCCUCUCAGUGGACAGAGCUAGCUGAUCUGAUCAGUCAUUGUAUGGACUACCAGGCCGCCUUCAGACCGUCCUGUCGCAGUAUCAUUCGACAACUCAACAGUCUGAUCACUUCAGACUAUGUGAUACUACAUGCAGCUGAGCCCGUCACACAGAGCGUUGUGUGGCGAGCCAUCAGCCCUGCACAACACGACCAGACAUUAUUUGAGGAGAGACACCUACGCUACAUCCAUCCUCUAGGGAAAGGAAACUUUGGCAGUGUGGAACUUUGCCGUUAUGACCCGCUAGGUGAUAACACCGGGGAACUGGUCGCUGUGAAAAAGCUGCAGCCCAACAAGCAGUCGACCCUGGAGGACUUCAAGAAGGAGGUCAAAACCCUCAGCGUUUUACACUGUGACUACAUAGUCAAAUACAGAGGAGUCUGCUACAGCACGGGUCGCCUCAGUAUGAGUUUGGUGAUGGAGUACCUGCCCAACGGCAGCCUUAUUGGCUACAUGGAAGGUAACCGACAUAAAGUCACCACCAGGCGGAUGCUGCUUUUUGCUUCUCAGAUCUGUAAGGGGAUGGAGUACCUGCAGACGCUGCGUUAUGUGCACAGAGACCUCGCAGCCAGAAAUAUCCUUGUGGCCAGUGAGUCGCUGGUGAAAAUCGCUGAUUUUGGGCUGACCAAGGUCAUUCCUUGUGACAAGGAGUACUACCGAGUCAGCCAGCCUGGAGAGAGCCCCAUUUUCUGGUACGCCCCAGAGUCCAUUACUGAGUCCAGAUUCUCCCACAAGUCAGAUGUCUGGAGUUUUGGAGUCGUUCUGCACGAGCUCUUCUGCUACUGCGACACCAACACCAACCCAAAAAGACUAUGCAUGCAGGAGAUUGGACACAAUGUGCAGAGUCCAUCCAUUUCAAUGCAUCUGGCAAAUAUUCUAAAGAAUAACUGGAGGUUACCGGCUCCUCCAAACUGCCCGCCCAAGGUGUACAAUUUGAUGAAGCAGUGCUGGGAGUACGACUUUGAGGAGCGGCCGUGUUUCUCAGACCUGGGAAACCAAAUUGAAACCAUCAUGCAGGAUGAGAGAGAGAGCCCUAAGGGCUGACAAGAAAUUUUUGCAAAUCGCAGUAUGAAAUUAUGAAAUUUACCAACUGAAAUUCAGUUCACACAGGUCUCACGCACACACAACAUCCACUUAAGCAUUCACAUGCUGACUUCUUACUGACCAUCUCUUAGACGACAUGUAUGAUUUUGAUGGGUCUAAAGGG